AUGCAAAAAAUGCUCAAUGGAGGUCAAUGGAGCGUUAAAGAUCACCAUGAAUUUGACUAUAUGGAGAAACAACAACAUAUCAGUUACGGAAAAUCUGGAUGCCAAUUUUAUCCUGCCGGAGAAUACUUGAAGUUCGUGAGGCUUCCGGAAAGCUUAGAAGUAGGAUCGGACGUAGUAACUUUGGAGGUUCACCCGAGGAGCAACCUCAACAUUAUGCCAGUGGACAGGGAAGAAGACUCGAAGUACUUCGCUUACAAGGACGUAAACAAAACGCACGUGUCGGUGGUGUUGGCUCAGUCGCUGGAGGAUCUGGUGGACGCGGACGCGCCUCGUAAUCUGUUAAAGUUUCGCUUGAGCUGCGAUUACUCGGACGGCACCAACUCGCUGGUCUCGUCGCACUUGUCUGUGACAGUCUAUGUGGAGGACGUUAAUGAUCACGCGCCACAAUUUGUCGAUGCCCCAUAUCACGUUACCGUCGAUGAGCUUUCUCCUACAGGUCUUACGGUAUUCCGAGGAAUUCACGCUUUUGACAAAGACAAACCAAAUACGCCAAAUAGCGAUGUACAUUAUGCUGUUAUAAAAGGCAACGAAGAAGGAAAGUUUGCUUUAGAAUCAGGACACAGAACUGCUCUAAUUCUGAAAAAGCCGUUAGAUUAUGACGCCGGUGAUCGAGAAUAUAUUCUUGAAAUUACUGCUAGCGAUCGCGGGACACCAGCGAAGAGUGCAAAUACGACGGUCACGAUAAGAGUAGUCGACAACGACGAUCUGGAUCCAAAAUUCACUCAGGACGUUUAUCACACGCAGAUCUUCGAGUUCUACCCUGUGCCGAGCGGAGGGGUUCACAAGGAAAUCGAAUUCGCGACGCCUGUACGGGCGAUAGACCAGGACCGCGACAUCGACGUUCCGGUGCGCUACGACAUAAUAUCCGGCAACGAGCGUGGGCUGUUCCAUCUGGAUCCGCGCAACGGCACACUCUUCCUCGAGCGCGCGAUCGACCUCGACGCAGAGCGCAAUUUGGCCCGCAACACGUUCGUUCUGCAAGUUCACGCCAGUCAGAUUGACAAUCCGCUGAAGCUCGCCGUUGCCAGAGUGGAGAUUCAAGUUCUCGAUCUCAACGACAACUUGCCCGAAUUCGAAGUCGACUUUUACAACAUCAGUAUCGUCGAGAACCUCCCCAAUGGGUUUAGCGUGCUGCAGGUGAUAGCGUACGACCGCGACGAAGGAGAGAACAACGAGUUCCGCUACGAGCUGAGCGAUCCAUCGGGCGCGUUCUCGGUGGAUCCGCUGACGGGCUGGCUGACGGUGCAGGACCAGAGCGUCCUCGACCGGGAGAGCAAGUCCUUCCUACAGAUGAAGGUGUUGGCAGUGGAGAAGCAGCCGAGCGUGGUCAAGCCCUUCAACGGCUCGUCGUCCGUCGAUGUGGAGGUCACUCUGCUCGACGCCAACGACAACAAUCCCGUCUUCGUGCCCGCCAAUUUGCUCGAGCUCGUGGCACACAGCGACUUUGCAGUCGGCACCAUUGUCGGACAGGUGCACGCGGUGGACAAAGACCAGGGUACGAACGGACUGGUACGCUACCGGUUGCAGCGUCCAGGAAAUUUUAGUGGGACAAUGCCAUUCGCGGUGAACCCCGAGACCGGAGUGAUCACAGUCUCCGAGAGCCCGAUCACCGUGGGCCGGCACGCCAUCUUCGUCGAGGCUUUCGAUCAACCAGCCAACCCCAGCGAGAGGCGCUCCUCCCUCGCUGUCGUCACUGUAGACGUUUUCCAGCCAGACGGCAAAGGAUCCAAGGCCCCGGAUUUCAUAGGAGCGCCUUACGAGUUCUGGGUCGGGGCGAACGUGCCGGUGGGCACUAGCGUCGGCCAGAUCAGAACGAACGAGGCCGUGCAGGGUAACGAUAUAAUCUACGAUCUGCUGCACAGCUACCACGAGGGAGUGCCGUUCGCCGUGGAGGAGCGCUCGGGUACGAUAACAGUGGUCGACGAGAUCGACCGUUACAAGCAAUCGUCCUAUGACUUCGAGGCUGUGGUAACGAACGAGAAGAGUCUGAGCCUCGUGACCAACGUUUCCAUUCACGUGGUCAAUCCCAACGACGACAGCGGCAUUUUCAGCAAAGGAAGGACGAAGGCGCCGCUGGUUUUUCACGUGCGAGAGAAUGCCGCUGGGGCGUUUAUCGGACAAGUAGUGCCAGUCAACGCCAGCAGCAGCACACUCAAAAACUUGCGUUUUCUCAUCGCUAAUCAGCAGGACGUUUCCGAGAUUGCCAUCACGGACACCGGAGCUCUCUACACUCCUAGCGGCCUUGACAGGGAGAAGCGACAAAAUUACAGUCUCACAGCCAUUGCCGAGAGUCCACGAGGAGUUGGCGUUUUUCAAGUGCUGGUAAUCGUCGACGACGAGGACGACAACGCGCCAAUAUUUUCAGCGAGUACUUACGAAGGACGCAUCUCUGAAAAUAGUCCGCCUGGCGCGGAGGUGCUCAUGACAAAUCACAUAUCGGCGCGAGAUCCGGAUGAGAGCGCCAACUUCACGUUCAAUCUGAAAGGCGAGGGUAGCCAUCUAUUCCGGAUCGAUCAGCCGACUGGACGGCUCUUUUUCAUCGGUAACUCCUCGGAUUUACUUGAUCGCGAGGAAAAGCCUCUUUACAACCUUGCCAUCGUCGCCGGCGAGGGAAAUAAGAAGUCGUCGAACGUCUCGCUGAGCGUUCGCGUUACCGACGAAAACGACAAUCCGCCGAGCUUCACCCAGAUGGUCAUUCUGCCGGAUCAGGGCAUACGAGUAUCAAAGGACGAUUUAUCGAACGUGCCCGCUCCGACGAAGCUGGCGUCCGGUGGCAUCGAUCACCGAUCGCCGCUGCUGUACGUACCCGAGAACGUGACGAUCGGAGCUCCCAUCGUCCGAUUGCUGGCGCGCGAUCCCGACGAGGCUCGCAAUUCCGAAAUCACCUACGGCAUUAUGUCGGAGAUGGGCUCGAGGACAUUCUUCGACACGAAAUCCAAAUCGAGCGCGACAGUGAAGCGUUACUUCGUCAUGGAUUCGAGAUCCGGUGAGAUUUCGGUGGCCGGCACGCUGCCCGCCGAGACCGACAUCGUGCUCGAGAUUGUCGCCAGCGAUUCGGGUGGACUCACGGAUAACGUCACCAUUCGCAUCCGCGUGUUCGACGUUAACGACCACGCGCCCGUCUUCAAGCAGGACUGGUACUCGUUCGACGUGCCCGAGGGCACCUUCAAGAGGUUCGAAAUCGGCAGAGUGGAGGCCGUCGACGCCGAUUACGGCGACAACGCCAACGUCACUUACGAAAUAAUGCCUGGCAGCUUGGACAAAUCGGCAAAGUUCGAGAUAGCCAGGUAUCGAGGGUCACUGCUGGUCACUGGCAGCCUCGACAGGGAAACGCGCGGGCUGUACAAUUUCAAAGUGGUUGCCCGUGAUAACGGCACGGUUCGCAUGUCGUCGAGCGCCGAAGUGGAAAUACACGUGCAGGACGUGAACGAUAAUCCGCCAACUUUCUACGGUUACCAAGAACUCGGAAAAUUGCCGAGCUCGCUGGUGGACGUGCAUCGAAAGGACGCCAAGCAGCGAUUAGUUCCGAUUUAUUACGCCUCGCUACCGGAAAACAGCCAAAUGGGCACCUCCGUCAUCAAGAUCCAUGCUAACGACUCGGAUUUCAGCGGCAACGGAAACGGCGUUAUCCUCUACGACCUUCCGCACGUUAGAGGCCACAUGCAGUACUUUGCCAUUGAUAGCAAGGAAGGCCUCGUUACCACUAUCGGCAACCUCGACUACGAGACGCUGAACGUGCACACCGUCACGGUGACGGCCAGCGACUUAGGAUCCCCGAGUCUGACGUCCACGGCCCUAUUGAUCGUCAGAGUCUUGGACGUGGACGAAGGCCCGGCCGAGGUGAAAAGGCCAGUGUUCCAGCACAAGUACUACGAAGUGGAAGUCGAGGAAAAUUCAGCCGUCCCGAUGAAGAUUCUCGAUCUCAAUGUAUCGGACGUACACAAAGACGAACAAAUGCGCUACAGUAUCGUGGUGGACGGCAGCGACGUCAGAGAUCAUUUCUCUCUGGAGCCAAAAAAUGGCUCGCUUUAUUUGUUAACGAGCCCAGAUUAUGAAACUAGGCAGAGAUACGAGCUCAAAGUCAGGGUGGACAAAGUGAAGACUGCACGGGGCAUGCCGGUGAUGAUUUAUCCAGUGACGGGCGAGAGGCUCAAUGGACUGGGGCCAAACGAAGCUAAGAUCAUAAUAAAGGUAAAAGACGCGAAUGACAAUGCGCCAAAAUUCAAGACAGACGGCAGGCCAUUUGUGGCAGCUGUGUCCACCUCCGCGCCUUACGGCUACAACGUCAUUAAAGUCGAGGCGGAGGACCCGGAUGAGGGAGCGAAUGGACAAGUGCGCUAUCAGAUUCUAGCCGGCCGGGAGCACUCGGCCGGGGCAGCCAAAUUUGCCAUUGACCCAGUGAGUGGUCAAGUGCAGACGGCAGGCAGCUUCGCCAAAGACGCGGACCGCGUGUUCGGAUUCGAUGUCAAGGCCAUAGACAUGGCGGGUGCCGAAGACGGACGCAGCAGCAUCGCCAACGUCUUUGUCUACGUUCUUGAUGAUAAUAAACAAUUAGUCAUGAUAAUGGGCAUGAAGCCCGUGGAAGUCCAAACGGAACUCGAAAAUAUCACCAGCGCUUUGCAAAAUAUCACCGGAUUGAAUGUUCGAGUUCGAAAGAUAGAACCUCAUCUCGAAAAAAAUCUCGUAGAUGUGUCUUCGAGUGACGUGUAUUUGUACGCUGUCGAUCCAAAUAUGAAUGUCAUGGUGGAUACUGAUACACUCCAAAGUGUUUUCCGAAACAAAAAGUCAGAGAUCAAGCGCGAGUUAGAGCGCUACAAAAUGUUGGACAUCGCCAACGGCAAGCCCCGACGCGCGAAUCAACACUACUUGCUGUCAACUCUCGAGGUUGCAGUCGUCGUGUUGGGCUGCGUGGUCUUCGUCGGUGCCUUGGUCACGGCUCUCUGCAUCACGUGCGUUCGACGAAAUAAACGUCGCGAGCGUUACGGAUCGAGCGUAUUCCACACGAGCGCCCCUCUGGGUUUCGCCUUGGCCGAGCCUGGAGGCAGCGGCGGCACGCUGCAGAAGCCCUCGCUCUUUCCCUCUUACGUCGGAGGACUUCAUCAUUACGACCCGGCAGCCUCCUUUUCCGGCGAGAUGCGCCAGCACAGCUUCUGCGAGCACGAGCCCAAUUGCGUCCGCUUUCACAGCUGCAACAAUGUGAACGCGGGCAGCGGAGCUGGCGGAAAACGAGCGGGCACAACUCGAGCGGCAGCGGCCUUAGAGACGUCGGCUACCUCGCUACACUCCAGUGGACAGGACUCGGGUAUCGUCACCGGCGGCUUGCGCGCCUGCCACUGCAGCAACUCCUCCACUCCGUCCAGCGGCGAAAGUAGCAAGUCAGUCUUUUACCGGAACUCACAAAAUGGUUACGAAGAUUCGCUGAAAUCUUUGCACCAUCAACAUCGUCAUCACCAUCAACAUCGCAGUCGCGGCCACGACGCUCGGCGUGCCAGUACCAAUCAUUCUAAUAAGAAUGCUAAGGGCAACACAAGUCACAACGAAAAUCCAUCGCAGUUGUCUCACAAACGACAUAGAUUCCAUUCGUUUACAAAUUUGGAGUCGAUAUACCAGCUAGAGCCCGCUAAUAGCAAUCUUCAAUGUGAGAGGCGUUUCCAGACGAUGCUACUUGAUCAAAAACAACGCGUAGGUAACAAUGGAGUAAGUAAUACGAUGGCACUGUAUUCAACGGCGCACCGACGCACAUUUUCCGAAGCAGAGAAUCUGAACAACAUCACGGAGACCGUGAUCCAAGAGCAUCCAAUGCCUCCACGUUCCCUUGGUCCAAUCGGAACUCUACCCACUGCUACCUCGUCUUUUCUACACGGCGGCAAGGGCAAGUUGACGGGGACGGCCGCGGCAGCGGGUGGUCUUGCCACGACACUUCGAAGUGCUGACAGCGAGCGCGUUAUUUACGCCAGACCAAGAAGAAACGUCACGUAA